UUUGGUCGAGGUAGCUACCUCUUGCCCCUAAUUGUGAAAAUAAACUCUCCCGUUAUCGGAGACUAAGCGAGGCUGUAGGACUGUGUUUCCACUGACUGUACCGAAGUAUGGACCUUCUUGUUAGGCUUGUUUAAAUGAUAUUUUUCCCACCAAAGGGCUUACUUUGGAUUCCUAUCUGAAUGUGAUUCCUUGGAUUUUAGUGCUACAGUGUUGUUAAGACCAAACUAGCAAGAUGCAGUAUUGGUUUGAGGGAUUGCUGAUAUACAUGUCAUAUCUCAUGUCGAUAGGUAACACAGUCAAUCCAGGCUGUGAAUGUGUGAUAUAUCAGAGCAAUGGUGGCAGCACAGGUCGCUUCACAUCCCCCAACUUCCCCCAGUACUACCCCCGCGACGCCAACUGCAUCCUCUACACAUUCAUCGGAGAUGUCAAGGAGCUUGUAGAAAUUACUUUUCUGCAAUUUGAUAUGAAAAAGGCGACAUCAAAUAAUAUAUGUACGGACUUUUUGCGAUUAUUUCUCUACUUGGAUGGCCCAGGAAUUAACGAACAUGACCGACAUUCGGCAGAACUUUGUGGUGUCCUGAACAGCACCCAGAAGAAAUACUAUUCUUCAGAUCGAGCCCUCAUCCUGGAGCUACAUGCUGAUGGCUUGCCCGGAAACUUUACAGGGUUUCAAGGGCGAUACCAAUUUUUAGAUAAAGAAAACUUGAGUCGAAAGGAAUUAGAAAAUCGCCAGUCAAUGUUAAUAAACUCACCUAAACAUGAACAAUUUGUGAUAUCUGGAACUAAAAUGCAUGGGACCCAGUGUACAUAUUAUUUUGAUAGUAAUAACACCAAAUCUGGUCGACUCUUCUCUCCGUUUUACCCUCAAAACUACCAGGCUAUGUCCAAAUGUCAGUACCAUUUCCAGGCAAAGAAAGGAGACAAAGUGAAAAUAUUUUUUCAAAACAUACAGCUGUAUCACACAGGUGGAAGUUGUCGUUACAGUCAUGAUGCUAUUGUUGUUUACAAUGGCCGAGACAGAAGUGCAGAUGUUAUCGGUCACUACUGUGACAUCCAGAAUCAAGUGGAACUUACUUCAACUGGCCGUAAUUUAUUCAUUGAAUUUUAUUCUGAUGACAAAAAUGAAGCUCAGGGCUUUGCUGCUAGCUACACCUUCGUUGGAUCCUCCAUCCACAGAUCGGUGACAACUCAACCCAAAGCAGAGCCUAUUAACGAUUUAUCUGUUUCUGUAGGGGUAACAUACCAGCCACGGCCCACCCACCCCGAAUUUAACUGCAAUAAAGAGAUCAACAGCCAGAUCCACGCAAACGGCACAAUACAAAGUCCCUUCCACCCCAGCCCCUACUCUGCUGGUGUGACCUGUACCUACACAUUCACUGGAGUCGGACGCGAGAGGGUGCAACUCAAGUUUGUGCAUAUGGAUUUAUUUUUCAAUGGAGGAAAUCCAACAGAACCCCUUGACUGUGCUGGGUCAGAUUCCAUCAAGGUCACAAUACCUCUGAGUGGGAAGGUCGUGGAACUGGGUGUGUAUUGUGGGAAGAAGCUGCCGCCUGUUCUGAUGUCUGCGGGGACAAAGAUGACGGUGCAGUUCCACAGCGAGUCCUCAUCCAAGGGAAUGACAACCGGCUUCAAGGCUGUUUACAGUUUUGUCAACAAUUUCGGAAUAUCAACUGGUGAACGAGACAGCAGAGGAGUGUGUGUAUUCAACUACUACAGCCAGCGCGAGUCCCACGGAACCUUCACCUCCCCCAACUACCCAGGCUUGUACCCUCGCAAUACGGAAUGCCACUACCUGUUUUAUGGCAAAGGAAAGGAAACCGUCCAUAUACAGUUUCCAGUAUUCCAAGUUGAAGGCAUUGGCCCGAGAUGUGAUGAAGGAACUCACAGUGACUACGUCUCCUUUUCUAACUUUGCCGAUUCAGAGGACAGGAAGUUACAUAGACUGUGUGGAGCAAGCUCCGAGGGGAAAAAGGAGUCCAUCGAGUCGGACGGACCCUUCUUUAGAGUAGUGUUCAAGUCAAAUGAUGUUUAUGAUGAUGAAGGAUUUUUUGCAUACUACCAGUUCAAAGGAACAGAUAACCCCAUAACACCCGUCAACAAUGGAGACGAUAAUUCAGGUAUGAUGCAUCGAUAUGACAGACCUAGUAGUGGCUCAGGUCAGAGGUUAUCGACAAGUUCACUAAUCAUCUGUCUCCUGACCCUUGCCUUCCUUGCUCACAAGGUCAACCACUGACCUGACCUCCUGACCUUGAACUAUGACCUCCAACCUCUGCCAUCUUCAAGGAAUGUGAAAAAAUAUAGUGUCAUGUUCAGUUUGGGCCUCUACUACAAUUGUCUAAUGAUAAGACAGGUUAUUUAAGCUGGUUUUGUUCAAUAUGCCUAUAUUAUAUGCUAAUGCUUACUAUAAUGCCUUGCAUGAUUUCCCUUUUGUUUGACAUUAAAUACCAUGACCUCAUUAUGUAAAUAUAUUCAAAGUUCAUAUGCCUUAUUGUUAUUUGGAUCAUUUAUUGCUGAAAGUUAGUGAAUGUUUUUCAUUAUCAUGAUGGUUUUAUUAACAUAUUGAAAAUUUAAAAAAACGCUACAAUAUUUUCAAUGCUUAAGACGCUGACCAUUUUCACAAUAGACACAAGCCAUCUGAUAUUCAGAUGCUGUUUCUAUGGCCUGCAAUUAACAUAUGAUAAGAACAUCCUGGAAUUCUUUCCUCUAAAAACAGAAUGAAAAGGUUUGGAAGCAAAGCCAGCAAUUAUGAUUCCUGUAAGACAUGAAAUAUAAAAAUGUUGCAUUUUAAUAUUUAAAUAUUUUAUUGGGUCAUUGUUUUUGGGGCUGCAUGAGUCCUUCAGAACACAUUCUUUAUCCUAAAAUGCAAUUUUAUACAAGUCCUUGUUUGUAAAUGGUCCACACUCUCAUAUUCUGAAAUAUAUAAAUUUAUAUUUCAGAAAACAGUGUGUUAAAUAUUAAGUCAAUAUAAAUUGACAUAACUUUAUGAUUUUUUAAGGAGUUUUGAAUUGACAUGCUGUUAUUAUAUUUUGAAAUAAAUUUGUCUAACAUUUAAAAAAAAACCAUGGUUUGGGGAACUCAAAAUGCCCCUGUACAGUUCAAGAACUGAAACUUGGAGAAUAUGUAGUUUUCAUUUUCCGAACUACCACACAUUUGUAUGCAUACAAGGGCACGAUGUAAAUACCUAUUUUAAAUGCUGCUGUCAUUGAAGUGAUGGCUGAACCAGAGAAGUAUCUUGUUUUUGUCAUCCGAUGUGUUUAUCAAUAUGUCUCAGUUAUGUAAUCCUCCCAACCAAUGAGGAUUAACUAUCAGGUCAGCUGACUGCUGAUCUUAACUGUGAUUGGUUGAAAGUUGUCAGUGUUACAAGUGAUACACCACAAACUUGCCUUAAAUAUCACCAGAUGUGACAGGAAUUAGAGGGGUCAUAUCAAAAACUUCACAUGUCUUUUUCAAAAAGUAUAUUAUACUAAACAUGAUUUCGAUGCUGGAAUGCUGUAGUGUGCUGAAACAUUCAUUUUUAGUGAAACAUUUAAAUUCAUGAUUUCAAUAUAUAUAUAUUUACCAACAUUUAGAAAAAGACAUGCAAGAGUUUUGUGACGGUCCCUAGACGCAUGAUUACCAAGUGUACAUAUGCCAAGUGAAAUACUGGUAAUUAGACAUGCUGUUUCUUGUAACAUAAACAAAAUUGUGACAACAUGCUAGUAUAUGUAGAUAUAUAGCCUAGUGACAUUUGAGUCUUUGCUGUGGUGUAUGCCAUCAGAGAGCUCAGAGACCGUGUAUGUCGGCAUACACUCUCUGUAUAGCAUCAGCGUUAAUUUGCACCUACAUGUUGCAGAAUGAAUGUAUAAGAGAAGCACUACAAUUGACAAAUGUAGGUGUAGUCCUGUAGAUAAUAUGCUUUUUUGCUUAAGUCAAGUCUUUUUAACCCAUUUUAAUUGAUACAUGAUGUCAAAUUGAUUGUACAUGAGAAAUUGUUGAAUCAACAUAAGGUUUUCAGUCAUGUUCAUUUUUCACUGAAAAAGAGAAAUAUAUAUAUAACUGUUACAUGAAAUCAUCACAGUGUCAGGCUGAAAUGAUGUAUUCUGUUUAAAAUACUGUUUAUUUAUGACAAUUGGAGAAUUAUGUGCAUGAAGUCUUUUCAUGCUUGCUUUUGUGGAUUGGGGAUCUGAUGAGAUGUUUUCAGGUUGCUAGAACAGUUGUGCUCAGGUUCAUUAACAAUAGCCCCUCUUAGAUUACACCCCACCCACCCCACCUUACCCCAACCCCAUCCCACCCCUCACCACUCCCCUACCCCACCCAUCAUUCCCCCACCCCUCAUCUUGGUGUAAGAACAUAAUGAAAGUGAUCACUUUCUAUUUCAUGAGAUAUGUGCUUACAAGUGCAAGACCAGUUUAUCACUGAACAUAGUAUUUUUUGUGGCCCAUUUAUUUUUGGUAUACUGAUGUAGACUUUCAUCUACACACUUGCGUGAACAACUAAGCAUGUUCAAAUUAACUCAGCACCCUCAUUCACUGAUGUGUGGCACUGAUCGUGAUGUCACAGUUUGUCAUCAGUUUGUGUGCACAAAGAUUUCGAUAAUUUCCACACAGCAGUAUCUCAUUUUCAUUACUGAGGAUAUCAAUGUGUCAUAAUCAUCAUAACAACCGAUUUCAUACAGACUGGUUUAUGGAUUUCAGUGCACUGCAACAUCUUUGUGACAUAUAAGGGUAGUGAAUAUCCUUUGUUCAGUGUGAAAUGUCUGCAUAUUACCAGUAUGUUGGUUAUGAAUGUCAUAUUUUUAGUUGGUUUUCCAUAUCAAUUUGAAUUCAUAUAAAAAAUGAAACCAUCUGGACACUGAUCUUG